AUGACAUUGAGUUUAACUAAAGUCAAAGACGUUUACUUUAACCAGUUGUUUCUGAAAAAGAUUCAGACUUUGUCGAAUAUCCGCGAACAAAAUGAUUCUCUGGCACUGCUGUUGCAACAGCAAUACCAACAGAAGAGACCGAGGGUGUUGCUCUUGGAUAAUUACACUGCCGCGAUUGUUUCAGUUUGCUACACUCAAACACAGUUGUUGUCGAAUGAUAUAAUACUCAUUGAAGUCAUUGAGAACCAAAAUGAGCUUCGUUCAAUGAAACACUUGGACUGCACGGUAUACAUCAAGCCGUGUCGUGAAUCAUUACAAUUAUUGUGUAAAGAGCUAAGUGCUCCACACUACCAGAGAUAUAACAUAUUUUUCAACAAUACAGUGAGUAAGAUCCAGAUUGAGCAAUUGGCAGAGGCAGACGAGUAUGAGUCUGUUGAGAGUGUGAUUGAGUUGUUUCAAGAUUAUAUGAUACUCAAUGACUCCUUUUUCUCCAUUAAAGCCGAACAGAAACUGGUCAACCCUGUACAACUAGAAGCAGAGAGCAUAGCAAGUUUGUUAUUAGCACUCAAAAAAACCCCGAUAAUAAAGUAUGAGUCGAACUCGAUGGAAUUGAAGCGCCUUGGCUCGGAAUUACUAUACAAUAUAAACUCCAACUCAAACAAUAACUUAUUCGACGAUUUGAACCGGAAUGCCGAUGCCCCACCUUUGCUUUUACUCUUUGACCGCAAAAAUGACCCCAUAACACCCUUGAUAACACCGUGGACGUAUCAAUCAAUGAUUCAUGAGUUUUUGAAGAUUGAAAAAAAUGUGGUGAGUUUGCCCGAGAAACAAGUGAUUAUCACUGAAGAUGACCAAUUCUAUAAAGAUUCAAUGUAUCUAAACUAUGGUGACUUAAACGACAAGUUUAAGAACUAUGUCGACAAGUACAAAUCAGAAACAAAACAAUCGUCGAUUGAAAACCUAAAGACGCAGAGUUUAUCUGAGUUGAAAAAAGUAUUGACGCAAUUUCCAGAGCUCAAAAAGUUCUCUCUCAACAUAUUGACUCAUUUGAAUUUGAUUGGAGAGUUGGAUGAACAUAUCAAGAGACAACUGCUUUGGGAGGUAGGAGAGCUUGAGCAAACAAUUGUAUGUGGAUUGGACCUGCAACAAAAUGUCAAACAGAGAUUGUUGGAAAUAUUAGAAGGCAAAUCUACCACGACUGAGAAUAAACUUAAAUUGGUUUUGCUUUACAUCUACAAAUUUCAUAAUCCGACAGAUUUGUCCUUACUCAUCAGCAAGCUCCAAGAUGCAAAUUUAACUUCGCCUUUACCAACCCAAAGCCAAAUUGAGCUUGUACGAAAAUUUACAACCACAUUCAGCACAGAUACGAAUGGCGAAACCAACAACCACCAGCAACUGCAACAGCAAGGCUUAGCCAAUUUAUUUGGAAAUAAAAAAGUACAAUUUGAAAAUCUAUUCAAUAGGAAUACUAGUUCGCAGAACGAUAAUAUCUACUUGCAGUACACACCUAGACUACAUGAUAUCUUGUCAGCGGUAAUUGGUAACGACCAUUCGGAACGUCACAAAAUUUUAUCCACAUUAAUCCCUGACAAAGUGAAGCAGCAAUACGGUGGUGGUGUAGGACCAGGACCAGGAUCAGGAGCAGGAGGAGCCCCGAAUUCCCUUCCUCGUGACAUCAUUGUAUAUUUCAAGGGUGGCGUAACAUACGAAGAAGCGCGUUUGGUCCAUGAGCUCAGUGCAAGCAACAAAAGACUUAGCAUAAUUAUAGGCGGUGACCAAGUACUCAAUAGCUCGCAGUGGUUGGAUAAGAUGUGUAGUAUGGUAUCACGCGAAAAUGCACAGACAGAUUUAAAUGACGAAACAGAGUCUCAUGUACAAAAUCGAAGCGAACUACUUCGCGAUAUUUUAUAG